AUGUCUUCAAUCGCUAAAUAUGAAUUAUUAAAACAAGAUGGAACAUUUCAAGAUCGUCUUAAAUAUGUUUUAUCAUUAGAAAAUAAAAGUGAAAUUGAAAAAUAUUUAAAAGAAUCUUUAUUAUCAUCAUAUGAUGAUUUACAAAUGUUUGUAUUUUUAUCAACAUCAACUAAAAAUCAAAAGAAUUUAUUAGAAAUAAUUCAAAUUGAUUCAUUACCCAUAAAACAACGAACAAUUGCUGCACAAAAUUGGAUUCAACUUGAAAAAGAUGAAAAACAAAUUUUUAAUUUUAUUAUUCAAAAUCUCAAUGACAAAAAUAUGCCUCGAUAUUUUAAAUAUCGAAUUUUACAAGAUUUACAUCGACAUAAAUAUUUAAAAAAAUCUUCAACAUUCUUCUAUUCACUUGCUUCUCAUUUAACUCAAACAAAUCAUCAUUCACAAUAUAAUAUUGAUGCACAUUUAUUACCAUUUUGUACAAAAGAACAAAUAUUUGAUCUUUUAUCUCGAUGGUCAUUGAAACGUCUUGAACAAAUUGAAUGUUCAUCAGCAUUAAUUCGUUAUCAACCUCGAGUUAUUAUUGAUUUAAUUCGAAAUGAUUUAAAAGAGAAAAAAUCAAAUCAUGAAAAAUUCCUAAGCUGUUUUCGAGAUAAUUAUACAUUAUCCGAAGCUAUUGUUAAAAAAUACCCAAAAGAAUUAAUUCGUUUAAUAAUUGAAUAUCUAAAUCAAUUAGAAAAACAAGAGAGAUUUUUACCAACUAUAAUUCGAUCAAAACAAGAAUAUUUUUUUAAAAAAGCACCAACUGAAAUGAUUGAGCUGAUUACAAUUGUUGCUUCAAGUCAAUCAGGUGCAAUUAAAUAUCAGUCGCCUUGGUCAAAUGAUGGAUAUGAACUUGGAUCAUUUUCACUUCCUCGUUCAUUUUCAAUCAAAAAUAAUGUUGAAUUAUUUUCUGUUUUAUAUGAUAAAUGUAAUUGGUCAUCAUAUGAUAUAAGUCGUACUCUAGUAUAUAUGUUAAAUAAUGACAAAUUAAAAUCUAAUCUUAAUAAUAUUAAAAAAGAACGAAAAUGGUUUAUUGAUAUUGUUAUUAAUAAACAUAUUGGAAACGAUAUAUUUAUCGAACGAUUAAAAAAAGAAGGAGAUGAAUCUAUAUUAAAAUUAUUAGAAUUAUAUCCAGAAUUAACAACUCCACUUUCAAUUAAUUUAAUUUCUCAAUUAGAAAAAAAAGGAAUUGUUGAAGCAAAAGAACGUUUUUCGUUAAUUUGUUAUCAAACAAUGACAGAAGAAAUAUUUAAUGAAUUUUUAUCAUUAUUUAAACAAACAAGUUCUGAUAUUAAUCGACGAUAUGACAAUUAUCCAUUAUUUUUUCAAUGUGCUGUUUUAACAAAUGGUGAAUCUGUUAAAAAAGUUCUUCAAUGGAUUGAAAAAAGAUUGACUAAUGAAGCCCUUUUAAUUAUUGAAGAAUUUUUAAGAAAAGUAAAAUUAGCUAAUGAUAAAUUUCAAUUAGAAAUGUUACCAAACAAUUUCGAAUCAAUUGAAAAUAUAAUUGACCUUGCAUUAAAUCAUUUAGAACAAUCAGUAAGAACUUUAGAAAUAAUUAUUGGAUAUGGAAUAUUAUUACUUCAACGAGCUGAACAUUAUCGAAAUAAAACACGAAGAAAACGAAUUCUAGGAUUUGCCACAUCAAUUAUUAAAAAAUGUUAUUCAUAUCCAAAUAGUCUUACAAUUAAUGGUUCAUCAAUAUCAGAAUUCUAUCCUAAAACUCGUAAUAUAAUUGCAGAUAUUCUUGUCGCAGAUGUAUAUCCACAACUAAUUUCCAAAUGUAUGAUAACUGAAUUAAAUAUAUCAUUAAAAGAAUAUUUAGAUAAAGCAUGGCGUUUACCACAAAUUGAUAUGUUCAUUAAUAGAUUUUUUACAAAAACUCUACCUUCAUCACCAACACUUCAAUCAGUAUUUCCACUUGGUAUAAAUGCAACAUUAAUUUCAUAUUAUAUUAAAAAUCGAUCAACUCGAUUUGAACCCGAAAAAAUAUUAAAACAACAAACGAAACAAGGACUAAUAGUAAAACCUAUACCAAAACAAUUGAAAUUACCUGGUUUACAUUUUGAUACUUUAUGGACUUUAUCUCAUUUAUUAACUGGAAAACAACAAGAACAUAUUGCAAAAAUUAUUUUAAAUGAUCAUAUUCAAGAUAAAGAAAUUAGCAAUCAUGUGAAAUUAGCAACAUUUCGUAUUCUUCGUCGUUUAACACAUACAUACAAUAUAACUCUCGAAUGGAUCUAUACAAAACAGGAUUCACCAUUACCAGUUGGUAAUUCCACAAAGAAAACGGUUCGCAAUCGUGGUGCUCCUACUGAACCACUUGAUGAUAUCCUUAUAUGUUUACCAUCUACAUUUGAUUUAACGCCACAAUCAUUAAUUAAACAUUUGGAGUUUUUAACAACGAAACUAAACGCAUCAAAUGCAAAAUAUAUUAGUGAUGCUAUGUUAAGUAUUUCACGAAAGAUACCGGAUGAAAUAUUUCUAGAAAAAUAUCUGGAUUUUAUACAAAAUGAACAAUUUCAAAAACUUGGUACAACAGCAAAUAAAGCACUUCUUCGUUUAUUAGUUGAAUAUCUUGAACGUCAAGUGAAUGAUUAUAAAAUAAAAUUUGAUGAAUUACGUCGUGCUAAAGCUGCUACAACAGUUGUUAAAACUGAAAAAGAAUAUGUUAAUGCAACUGCUCCAGGAACAAGUCGUACUGAGAAAAUCAAAUGUGAUAAAUGUGAUGAACUUGAAAGUAUGGUUGAAGCUGAAAAACAAUCGAAUAAAGAAUUAAAAAAACAAAUUGAUCAAAAGGAUUCCAAUAAAAAAACAUCAUCAUCAACAGCAGCAGCAAAAACAACAGUCAAUUCUGCUCCAUGCCCAAAAUGUCCAACUGCUCAAGAAUUGUUAGACAAUCAAAAAGAAAGAAAUUCACAAAUAAUGGAUCAAAUUCUUGAUCAAGAAAAACAAACUCAAACUGAACGAAAUGCUAAAGAAUUACUUGAGCAUAAUUUAUCAUUGGUUCAAUCACAAUUAGUUGAAGUUAAACAUAAAUGUGAAAAAUUACAAAGAGAAAAUCAAGAAUAUCAAAAUGAAUGUGAAAAAAUGAAAAAAAUCUAUGCAGAUAAAAUGGCUGAAUUAUGUCGUCAAGAAGAAGAAGCAAAAAAACAAAUUGCUACUUGGGAACAAAUGUAUACUGAAUGGAUGUCAACUAUGGAAAAACGAGUUAAUAAUUUACAAACAACAAAUAAAGAUUUAAAUUCAUGGAUAAAUGAUGAUGAAGAAAUGAGUCCACAUAGACGACCUGGUGGAAAUCAACGACGAUAA